GGAGGGGGGGCAGUUCUGCUAAAUCUCAGUCCAGCCGCUCCCGUUAUUUCUGACCCCCCCCUCCUUGAAUAGAAAGCGGGGCGUCCUUCUUCUUUAUCCCUGGCUGUUGAUCUUUUUUUUUUAAUCUGCACGAUGGAGUCGGUUCGCCCUCAGCGUCUGCAGCCGGGGAUCGGGUUUGGAAUUGGCCACGGAACCGGGACGCUACGUUCCCCUCUCCGGCCUGGGGUUACCGUCCCCACCGCCCCGCCGCCGCCGCCGCUCUCGGCCGGGCUGCCCGGCUCCUCCGGUCCGCCUCCGCCGCCUCCGCCGCUGCAGCUCCACAGCCUCGGGCUCGGCGCGGCUGGAGUGGCCGGGACGGGGGCGGGUAGUACCGGGGGGAACCCCGCUGUGCUGAAGGAGGCGGUGGAAGCGGUGGUGCGGAGCUUUGCGAAACACACGCAAGGAUACGGACGAGUGAACGUGGUGGAGGCCUUGCAGGAGUUCUGGCAGAUGAAGCAGAGCCGAGGGGCGGACUUGAAGAACGGCGCCCUCGUGGUCUACGAGAUGGUUCCUUCCAGCAGCCCGCCCUACGUCUGCUACGUCAGCCUGCCCGGAGGGAGCUGCUUUGGAAGCUUCCAGUUCUGUCCCACGAAGGCGGAGGCUCGCAGGAGCGCUGCGAAGAUCGCUCUGAUGAAUUCGGUGUUCAACGAGCACCCGUCCCGCCGCAUCACCGACCAAUUCAUCGAGAAGAGCGUCUGUGACGCGCUGGCCUCCUUCAACGGAAACAGAGAAGAGGCAGAUAACCCCAGCACUGGGAUCGGAGCCUUCCGCUUCAUGCUGGAGUCUAACAAAGGGAAGUCCAUGCUGGAGUUUCAGGAGCUGAUGACCGUCUUCCAGCUGCUGCACUGGAACGGCAGUUUGAAAGCCAUGCGAGAGAGGCAGUGCUCCAGACAGGAGGUGCUGGCUCACUACUCUCUCCGCGCGCUGGAUGAUGACAUGCGCACUCAGAUGGCUGCGGACUGGGUGAGCCGGGAGCAGGCGGCCCGCGGGGCGGUCAGCAGGGAGCUGGCGGCUGCAGAGAGGGAGCUGGAGGAGGCCAGGCUGGCCGGCCGGGAGCUGCGCUUCCACAAGGAGAAGAAAGACCUCCUCAUGCUGGCCAUGGGGGGGCAGCUGGGCAGCUCCAGCAGCAGCAGCACCCUGCCCUCCCACCACUAGAGCCCACAGAGAACAGCCUGAACACCAGCCCCUAGAGCAGGGCGGCCACACUCCAGACCCCGAGGACCGUGGGGUACCUCUGGUUGCCAUACCACCGACUCAAGCUCUCGCUUAACUUAAUGAAUCUAUAUUUAAUUCAUUAAUUGUUUUAUUUUUUUUUAAAAGGUAUUUUUACAGUUGAUGUUUUCCAAAAAAAAUGGCAUUUGAUUCAAGUUACACGACCUGUAAAAACAUUAUAGAACCCUGGAGAGUAGUGUUAUGUUUGUCCGAUUUUUUUAGACCAGUUUAGUAAUUGAGAGCUCAGGUGGAGGAGGUCAGGGGGAGGAACGAAAGCCAGAAGACACUGCGGGCCCCCCCCCCCCCAGGAUUUGAGUUUGACACCCCUGGACUUGAUUUUAAACCCCAGCACCCUGCCGUGCAACCACCAGAGCCCAAAAAGCAGGACCACGGACUUCCUCGGCUACAGAUCAACGCCAGCAACAACCCUGCAUUCCCAAUUAACGGAAAUAAAGACUUCGGCACACCCACUGCUAGAGCCCAACACUGAAAAAAAACCACACUUUUGAUCCCCACAGGCCUGCUAAACAGCUGGCUUUCCUGCUGCGAGAUCCACAGCAUGAUCUGCUGACUCGACGCUGUGGAUCUGCACAAAAUUGAGUGUUUGGUGUUUCACCCAAGCAGUAAGAUCACAGGCUGUACCGAUAUAAAGCAUUUACACACACACCUACCUACCCACCCACCAACCCACCUACCCACCUA